UGCGUACACCCAUUGUUGAUGACAAGCUAGCUUCAUUAGCCAAGCGACUUGGUUGAUUUACCCUGUUUAGCUCUCAACUUACUGGCUGAUUUUUAGUCAGUAGGUUAGUUUGCUGUGGAUAGUCCUGUAGUGACUUCCUUAUUCCACCAUGCUACAGUUCCUGGCUGGCUUCACCCUGGGGAAUGUUGUGGGGAUGUACCUCGCUCAAAACUAUGAUGUCCCUAACAUAGCCAAGAAAAUUGAAGCUUUUAAGAAAGAUGUGGAGGCCAAGAAGAAGCCCCCAGAGUGAGCACAGCGGGACCAUGUUGCAAGCAAUACCAGAUUGACUCUGCAGAGAAACUAUUUAUUUUACAGGGUUAUGGUAUAAUGAGUGUACAUUUGAUAAAGGGACAUAUAAUGUAAAAUAUGAGAAUAUUAACAGUGCCUGGAACAGUAUUUGUUUCUUCCCUUAGUUUUAUAGGCAUGUUCUCAUAGUAGCCUAUUUUUGUAAGAUAAAUUGCUGAUCCAAGACUGGAUUUAAAGAACAUUAUAAAUAACUAGUGGGAACACUUUAUGUCCAGUAUCAUGGCAAUGUUGGCUGGCCUUUUCUAUGAUGCACUAUGGUGUUUUAAUUUACACAUGACAUUCAUUAUCUCCACAUAAUGUUCUUUAAAAUGAAUAUUACUUGAGUAUGCAUUUGCUCUUCUCUGUCUUAUUCCGCUAAGUUGAAAGAGAUUCUUCCGAUUUGUCAAAAGCUGCUGCCAAGCCUUUUAUGAUAUGAGUGAAAACAAUUCUGACUCAUUCAACUUUCAAUAAAGUUGCUGAUAAAAAUGUUA